GUACAUGAGCAUCGUUUUAAUUUUUGUCAAUUAAUUUAGUAAAACUUUAUUAUACUCCCUAAAUUAGUGGACUAGCCACUAUAAAUUCGUUAUUUUUUAAAAAAACGGAGACAACAAAAGUUUCAAACCUUUUUGACAAAAAAUCGUGAUUGUAUAGUGGUUAGUCCAUCAAUUUAGGAAGUAUUAUGAAGUGUCACUAAAUUAAUUGACAAAAAAUUAAAACGAUGUCCAUGUACCAUGAAAGAUAGUUUUAUGUACAUUAAUACAAAUGUAGAAUGUGUUUAGAAAUUUUCGGAGUAAAUGAUUUAAUUUGAAAAGGAAACUUAGUCAAUAUGAUUUAAUUUGGAAUGGAAACUUACUCAGUAAACAUUGCACAUAUUAGUAUAGCUAAAAUCGGCAGGUAUAAUUCGUUUGCUAUAUAUAGCUAUAUGCGAUAGACAUUCGUACAACCAUACACAAAAGCCGUAAUAAAUUUAUCAUUAAUAAUAUUGAAUCAAUCAAGUAACAUUUUAGGUCAAUUAGUACUUAAUACACGUAUUGAUUUAAUAGACUAAUACAAAAUGUAUCUUCUCCCUUUAUAUAUGACCAUUCUAAUAGUUUCUUUAUCACUAUAAUCAGACAAAGCCAUAAAAUUAGAAGAAAAAAAAGGUUAAGAUGGCCAAUAACACAUCAUUUUCUUGUGCUAUCAUAUUACUCUCUGUCGUCAUCUUUCUUAUCAACUCAUCAAACGCAAUGCUAUCUUUUAACGUACAAAGAUACGGAGCUAGAGGCGAUGGGAAAACAGACUCGACCAAACCAUUUUCGACAGCUUGGUCAUUAGCAUGCGGCUCAGAGGCUCAAUCCAUGGUCUACAUUCCCCAUGGAACAUACUUGGUACGAAAUCUUGUCUUUUGGGGUCCUUGCAAGAACAUAAUAACUUUCAAAAUCGAUGGAAAACUCGUGGCUCCCAAAAAUUACUGGAGUAUAGGUAAUUCUGGUUACUGGAUCCUAUUCGCUAAGGUAAACCGGAUAUUGGUUUACGGUGGAACGAUUGAUGCUAAAGGAGCUGGUUAUUGGUCUUGUAGAAAGAAAGGUGGCCACUGUCCUCAAGGUGCAAGAUCUAUAUCGUUUAGCUGGUGCAAUAAUGUUCUACUAAGUGGCCUAACGUCGUUGAAUAGCCAGAAUAUUCACGUCACGGUUCAUCAUUCUUCUAAUGUUCGGAUUCAGAACAUAAGAAUUAGGGCGCCGAGUAGAAGCCCUAAUACCGAUGGUAUUAUCGUCCAGUCUUCGUCUGGGGUCACCAUUAGUGGGGCAGUCAUUGGAACUGGUGAUGAUUGCAUUGCUCUUAAUCAAGGUUCUGUGAACAUUUAUAUCAAACGUGUGCUGUGUGGACCAGGACAUGGAAUCAGCAUUGGGAGUCUUGGGGAUCACGCUGAUGAGGAAGGUGUCAAUAAUGUAACCGUCACGAACUCUGUUUUCACCAAGACGCGAAACGGUGUAAGAAUAAAGAGUUGGGCUAGGCCGAGCACAGGGUUUGUGAGAAAUGUGGAGUUUCGAAACCUGGUAAUGAGGAAUGUUGGUAACCCCCUAAUCAUCGAUCAAAACUAUUGCCCUAGCGGAAAAGGCUGCCCUAAUCAGGUAAAUAACCGAGUUGAAUUGACGUAACUAAGGUCUCUUAUAUGUACUUUUAUAUUCUUUCUAAUGGUAACUUGUUAUGAUUGAUUAUAUAUAUAGAGCUCUGGUGUGAAGAUAAGUGGAGUGACUUUUGCAAACAUAAAGGGAACAUCAACGACACCAAUAGCUAUGAAACUGGAUUGUAGUGGAAGCCAUCAUUGCACAGAGAUUACAUUGAAAAACAUUAAGCUUACUUACAUGAAAGGAGCAACAACUUCUUACUGCAAGAACGCUCAUGGAGGAGCCUCUGGAGUUGUGGUUCCAAUGAAUUGUAUGUGAAGUUUAAUGUGUUAUAUGAUGGUUUUUGUUUUGCUUUGAUGUUUUUUUUUUAUCUUUGAAACUCAUCCAAAUUUGAAUGUGAUGAAGUCUUUGGUCUGAAUUGAAAUAAAACUAAAGCAGUCAGUUUGAUUGUUGGUUUAUCAGUGUGACAGAAUGAUGUUUGUACCAAUUCUACUAUGACUGGAAAAGAUGAAGAAAAAAAUAAUAUCUUCAACUUAUAACUAUUCUUAAACUCGGCAUUUCACCUUUAUAAGAAAUCGAGUUCUUUCUGAGCAAGAAAAUAAUAAAACC